AAUCUCAAAUUCUUCACUCUUGUAUUUCUCUUUGUUCCAACCUUCAUCUUCUCUCAACAAAGAAUUUCAAACAAAAAUGGCGGUUGCACUCUAUAACCUUAAGUCUGAAUCCGGUUUGAAGAAGCUCAAUGAGUACCUUCUCACACGCAGUUAUAUCACUGGAUACCAAGCUUCAAAGGAUGAUAUCACUGUUUAUUCCGCUUUGCCAUCAGUUCCAUCCUCUGAAUAUGAGAAUGUUGCUAGGUGGUUCAAGCACAUUGAUGCUUUAUUGAGAAUUUCUGGUGUUUCUGGUGAGGGAUCUGGUGUCACUGUUGAAUCUUCUCUAGUUGCUGAAGAGGCUGUUGCCACUCCUCCAGCUGCUGACACAAAGGCUACUGAAGCUGAGGACGACGAUGAUGACGAUGUGGAUUUGUUUGGUGAAGAGACUGAGGAAGAAAAGAAGGCAGCUGAGGAACGGGCAGCAGCCGUGAAGGCGUCUGGCAAAAAGAAAGAGAGUGGGAAAUCAUCGGUAUUGUUGGAUGUGAAGCCAUGGGAUGAUGAAACCGACAUGAAGAAGCUUGAAGAAGCAGUGAGAUCUGUUCAGUUGGAUGGAUUGUUAUGGGGUGCAUCCAAACUUGUUCCAGUUGGAUAUGGUAUCAAGAAACUUCAAAUUAUGAUGACAAUUGUGGAUGACUUGGUUUCUGUUGACAAUAUGGUUGAGGACUACCUUACCGUCGAGCCCAUCAAUGAGUAUGUCCAGAGUUGUGACAUUGUUGCCUUCAACAAAAUAUAAUCUGCUAUUCAUGUGGCAUAGAGAUUAUAGUGGGAAGAAAUUGCACAAUUGUUAUAGUUGACAAACAAGGGAUACUGAUACAUUAAGUUAUGAUUUUUGUUUUUGGUGACCUGUUGUCAUUUGAUGAUUUUGUCUUGUGAUUUCAUCACCAUUAUAUGGUUUGUGUUAUAAUAAUUUAAGGUUUAAGAAUUGGAGUUGUCUUUUUAUAAUUUUGAUUCUUGGUUGAGAUUGAUUUUGCUGAUACUUAGCUUGCAUA